AUGAAGUCAUUUCAAAUUGUGGUAGUGGUUGCUUGUGCUUAUAUGCUUCAGGCUGAAGCGAACUCAUUCGAUCAAAUAAGAGGCUGUAAGCAGUACAACACUAUGACAGACUAUAAUGGUGCUGUUCCAUACUUUCCAACGGCCGAUUUGCAGCAUGUCGGUCAUACAGGUCAAUCUAAGCUCUUUAAAUUUGCUAUCCUUGGACCUAAGGAUGGACACAUCCGGUUUGGAAAGUCCUUAUAUCCCUACAAUAAUGAUGUAAUUGAGAUUGUACUAGGAGGAUGGUCCAACACCAGGAGUGCUGGACGACGACAGCACCGGACGUCAAAUAAGCACAGCAACCACGUGCUUGCCGAAGCGCAAACCCCAAAUCUAAUGUCUCCGUUCCGUCCUGUUAUGUUUCUGCUGGAAGUGUUCAAUGAUGGUGGAGUGAAAGUGCGUCUCCAUGGACAAACAAUACCUUUCUUAGCGUUCACCGACACCACCCGCAUACCAGUGAACUACAUGGCGUUUGCUAAGUGGGAACAGGAUUUGAUUUUCUUCUACGAUUGUCCUAUGUAA